GCAAGCGACCGAUCCCGCCUGGCCGCGGACGUGCAUUGGGCGCCCUCAUCUCAACCGAGAUGAAUGCUGCACGCGACAUUCACCUUCGCAAGGCAGUCCUUCGCGCGCUGCAUCGGCCUCUGUCUACUCUCCUCUCCACCGUCUCUGCACAGCUUUUAGUACUUCUGUCCUCACCCGCUUUCCUCAGCCCCGCUAUACCGACGCCUCAGGCACCACAUCCAAACCCGACUCAGAUGCACGCUCUAGGCUAUGCCACCCUUGCUGGCGAGCUGCUGGAUACGUUUGAUGAUCUGCGCCUGGGGAUUGAUACCGACUCUAGAGCCGAUGGGUUGAAGCCAAUCAGGGAUGGCCUAACCGCUUUAGUCAAUCGAGUCAUCAAUCCCCUUGCUGCUGGAAUAGUGGAUGAUUUGAUGCGUCUCAUUGCCGCACUGGAAUUCGCACCAGCUCCCAACGGCCCGUCAAGCAAUUCGGCGUCCAAGGUGUCAUUAACGCCAAAGGCUAGCACUUCACAGCAUCCGUCCAUUACUGCACUCCAGGCCGUGAUCCCUGUUUACGCGAGCACACUCUCCCUAUACUUUGCCACGUCUGCAUCACAGGCGACUCUCGCGACUCAUCUCAUAGCCCUUGUGUGGAGUGGGCUCGUGGCGCUCUCUAACCGCUUCCCAUCGCCGUCUACGCCACCUUCCUCUCCUGCUACCCUCCCUGCAGUCACCAAGAAAGGCCGUGGCACCACCCCUCCCACCACUCCUCCAUCCUCGAGGUUCAUGCUCAAGCUCCCCCCUUCUCGGCCUCCCUCCCCACACGCCGAGCGUGCGCCCCCGUCUGUGAUUACGGACACCCGUAUGCUCUACGAUCUCCUGCGCUCGCUCCCUCGUCCGGGUGCUGAGAAAGAACGCUUGCGGUUCGCGAGAGAGGCCGUAGAUGACGCAUUCACCCAGCUCCAAUCGCUCAUCUCACUCUUCGAGCUGGUCAGCACGUGCGGGCCUGUCUUGGAUCAUAAGGACCUGGAGGAGUCCACGGCGGAUAUAUCUACCCUGAUCGCCCUGCCCGUUCUGUUUAAUGCGUACGUGUUCCCUUCUCAUGGGUCAAGCGCACGCACCGUGGCAUCUAUGCUCGGGCUUUCGGAGGAACGGUAUAAGGCGGAGUGUCUCGCCAAGCCUGCCAGGGCGGAAGAAUAUACCAUCUCGGUGGGUAAGCGGCUGCUUGACAUACUCGGCCAGCAGACCGGUGUCCCUCUUAGCCCCGCGGCGGGUGCUGUCGCGAACUGGCUCACAAUGGAGGUGGAGUCCGCUGAAGCUGACGCCGAGGAUGAUGCAGUCGUGUGAACCAAGUCGAACAACAUACAUACAACGGUUACUUUUUCACUGGACAUUCUUGUCGAUGCUGGUAUAUCUUGGAAUUCGGUUGUGCAGAAACCUACUUAUUCUAUUUACUUUCUUUCUGUUUUGGCGUCUCGAUGCUACCGGAGUUCGUCGCCACUAUUGUAUAAUUUACUUUAUUCCGUUGGAAUGGAUGUUCAGUCGACGUACUUGACCUGGAAUACAUGACUUUCUCUUCUUUUCGCUCG